AUGCAUUUCCGAACUCUCCUGAGAUUUUCCAGAAACGCUCUGAAAGUCUUUGACAGUCAAAGAGGACACUCGUAUUGCGUUGAUCCUUCCAUGGGCCUUGAUGCCGACGUCGUAGAAGUUCAAAAAAUGGCUAAUGAUUUUGCGCGGAAAGAAAUGUAUCCGAACAUGGCAAAAUGGGACAAAGAGGAACACUUCCCUGUCGAUGUAAUGAGACAUGCAGGAGAAUUGGGAUUUGGAGCUAUUUACUGUAAGGAGGAUUACGGUGGAUGUGGUUUGAGCAGGCUGCACGCAGCUGUGAUCUACGAGCAACUCGCCAUUGGAUGUGUUUCGACUGCUGCUUACAUGAGUAUUCACAACAUGGCUGCUUGGAUGCUCGAUACAUGGGGAUCGGAAGCGUUGCGUGAAAAGCACAUCCCGCCCCUGGCAACCUUCGAACAUCUCGCCUCUUACUGCCUGACGGAGCCGAAUUCUGGGUCCGACGCAGCGAGCAUACGGACCUGUGCUCGGCGCGAAGGUGAUUAUUACGUGGUAAACGGAUCGAAAGCAUUCAUCAGUGGAGCAGGAUCAUCUGAUGUCUAUGUGGUGAUGCUUCGCCAUGAUGGACAGCCGGGUGCGAAGGGGAUUUUCUGUUUGUUAAUUGAAGACGGCAUGGAAGGAUUCAGUCAAGGGAAAAAGGAAAGCAAACUCGGCUGGAACACUCAACCCACUCGUAUUCUCACAUUCGAAGACGUUAAGGUACCAGUAACGAAUCAGAUUGGACCAGAUAACUACGGUUUCAACAUGGCCAUGGAAGGUUUAAACGGCGGCAGAGUGAACAUCGCCAGCUGCUCGUUAGGAGCCGCUCAGCAAUGUCUCGAUCUAGCGAUUGCUCACUUGAAGGUGCGGAAACAGUUCGGCAAACGACUCGCUGACUUCCAGUGGAAUCAGUUCAAACUUGCUGAGAUGGCUACAAAAUUGCAUACCAGUAGAUUAAUUGUGCGCGAUGCAACACGUCACCUGGAUGCUCACUCGAUCCACGCACCUUCUUUGUGUGCAAUGGCAAAACUUCACGCCACUGAAAACUGCUCGCAGGUAGUCAACCAAGCUUUGCAAAUGUUUGGUGGUUAUGGAUUCCUGAAGGACUACCCGCUACAGCAAUAUCUUCGUGACAUACGGGUGCAUGAAAUUUUGGAAGGGACAAACGAGAUAAUGCGACUAAUGAUCGGACGUGAUUUGCUUUCGAACGAGACUUAUGGAUCUAUGUAG